AUGUUUACAUGGUGUUCCAGAAAGCGAUAACGAUGAACAGCCAGGACACCGUGCCUUUCAGAGAGGCCAUGGCACUGCUAGAUCAAGCCAAGCUGGUGUUCAUGUCCCUGAAGAGCAACCAGAUGUUCUCGGAGUCGGAGCUGGCGGCGUGGCGCCAGAGGCACGCGGACCAGCUGCAGCAGCCGAUCACGCCGGAGGGGAGAGAGGGCGGCGGCAGAGGCCCAUCACGCCACCCGGCUGCCGCGCCGCCGUUGCAGCCGUCCGCCGCCACGCCGAGGAAGAGGAGCGCCGCCGAGACGAAGAAGCAGGAGAACGCCAACACCGGCGGCGGGAACACUCCGGAGAACCAGAGAGGGAGGCAGCGCGGCGCCAGGGAGAGCAAGGCCACGCCCACGCCGCCGGGAAAGAAGGCGAGAAAAGCAGCAACGGCGGGCUCUAACGGCGGCGCCGGCCCGGUGGCGACAAGGAGGCUCACUUACACCGGCGAAGCUGCAGCCGAUCAUGGCUGGCGGGCGAUCGCGGCGACGCCGGUCUUCCAAGGCCGGCACGUUACACUCAGCGACCAGCCGCAGGAGCAGACGUUCCGAGGCAGCCUGCAGCGGUUCGUGCGGCACGCGGGGCUCAAGGCGCGCGUGGCCGCCGAGUUCAGUACGCUCGAGUGCGUGUCGCGGGCCAGGCACAGCAGCCCCGUGCCGCAGUGCUGGAACGGCUUCGCCCCCGGCGCCGGUUUCCUCCCGCCGUCGCCUCGGCCUCCGGGCGCCGCCGCCACCCCGGAGUCAGAUCAGCAGGCGGCGGCACCGGAGUGCAAGCUGGAGACGGACGAGGUGCUCAAGCUCUUCGUGCUCAUGGGCACGCCCGCCGCGUUCUUGGGUAGAGCCAAGAAAAUGUUCGGCCAUGAUGAGCCGGAGGAGAAAAGCGCAGCGAAGGAGAGGCAAUCGACCAAGGCCGCCGCCGACGACGCUCGGGCGCGCGCUGGCGCUGCAACGGCGGCCGAGACUGAGCACGGGAAGAAGAGCAGCGCGGGCGAGCCAUCAUCGGCCGCCGCGUGCGGGCCGUUCGCGCCGCCCAAGUUGGUCCCCGGCCGGCUGGGCUUCGGCCAGUUCGCGGCCUCUUCAGCACGUCCGUUCAAGCUCAAGUCCAAGCCUUCGGCGUCGAAUGCUUCCGGCAAGAAGAAAGUUUCGUAAAUAACAACAGCUCCUCCAUCUUUGUCAAUUUGUCAUCUGUCUCCAUCGAUCAUAAUCCUGUCUCGUCGAAUUUGAAAGAUACAUAAUAAUUGGGUGAUUUGCCUUCUAGUAUAUAAGUAUUUUGGAAUCGCUCUGUAACGG